AUGAAGUGCAAUUCUCUCAGUUGGACGGUGAUUCUACAGUUGACCGUGGUGAUCUGUUGUGUGGAACUUACUGCGGGCCGUAUCAUACAUCGGAUCGAAGAUUACAACAAGCCGAUGGCGGAACCAGUGCGCCAAUGUCGUAACGCCUGCCUUACGAAACAUCUGAAGGAGGAAAUCAACGAUAUCGUGGUAACGGACGAGUGUAGCGAUCGGCCAAACUGUUUCAUGUGCUGGGACUACUGCAAGAUUCUGCACGAGGAGAAGCGUAUCGUCCGCGAUCUCAUGUGUAGUGAUGUGAUUUGCUACUCGGGAUGCAAAACCGCUUGUAUGUACUAUAGCGAGUUCUACCGGAGCAUAAAGCACAAGCACACUGCACGAUAA